GUCAAGAGGUCAGUAGAUUUCGAAUAGAUUGACUAAUGUCGCUUCUCAGGGAAAUAAAAAUUGAAAAUGAAAAGGUCAUCGAUUUAUUUGUCUCAAGAAUAAAUCUAAAAGGCUCAAUAUCAUUUUGUAAUGAGACUAUAGCAGGGAUUUUUAUUUUAAGUUAAAUCAGCCAAAAAUCACAAAAAAGAGAAAAAUGUUUCGACAGAAAGGUUGAUGGUUCUGAUGGGGCAGUCCACUACUGCUAGAUACUCUUUCAUUUAUUUUCCCCUUACCCCUUUUGGAGGGUAGUGUUUGGUAAUUUGCUGGUUCUGAUUUUGGUUUUUCAAUUUAGUGGACUGUAUUUUAUGAAUAUGAAAAUAGAAUAGAUUGGUUUUUUAAUAGUUUAAUGUAAUAAUUGGCGAUGUGUAUCUCGUGAAAAAUUGAAAUUGAAUGAAUAAAAUGAGUGGUCCAUAUGUAUCAUUUUGAUAAGGUGUACGCAGACACCGGAGUAUGAUACGUUGCCAGAUCAACAGAAAAGAAUUCAAAAUUAUAGUAAAAUCCUAACAGGUAGGGCACAACUUGGGAAUUUAAAACAAGAACGCCUGUUCUUAUUGCAGAUUCGUAUUCCACGGCAAUAAUACAAUACGUAAAAUACGGACGUUUUCUGCUUUUUGUUUUCAGUACAUGUACUGUCAUUGAUCAUUUGGAAAUGGCGAAAUUAUUUGUUUGGUUUAAAACAAUUCCCUUUAAUUAAUAUCGAUGUAUCAAUAAUUAUUGAAAGACGAUUAUAUGAAAUCUAGAAGAAAUCUCCGUCAAGACGGUUUUCUUUAUGCCCAGAACUUUUUCCAUUAUUUCAAGAAAUUGUUGUACAAUUUACGACUAAAGUUUCAUUCGAAUGAUUAAUGGAACUGAUACAUGAAGAAAUGGUCAUUUCGACGGAAAAUUCAAACUCUUUCUUCUUCAGCCAUCUGUGACGAGUCGUGAAAAACUGUUCGUACAAAAAUUUUCUAGUUUUAGCUGUAGAAUAUGAAUCUGCAAUAAAACACAGGAAUUCCGAUUUGAAGUUGACACCCGUGUCCCCAAAGGGGAAAUUAAAUGAAAGAGGUUCUGGCAUAAAUAUUAAAUUUAAAAAAAACACCUGGUAUAUAUUCCAUAAAACACUUUUGAUUUCAUAUAUUGCGCUCAAGAAAUAUACAAUUUCUGAUGAACCUUUGUCUGUUAUUUUUUUGCGAAUAUGCAAAUAACUCGAGAUUAACUCAAGAUAGCUUGGGAAAAGUACAACAAAUGAUCGUAUGAAUUUGGAAAUACCUAUGAAUAUGCAAUGAGAUGGAAGAUUCAAUUUGAAAGAGAAAACAGUAUUUUCAGUGGAAUUAGAGUCCUGUAUUUAAAAAAAAAAAUUUGCGGGACCCCUAUCUAAUUACGGCAUUGAUCUUGACCUAACUCAAAAAUUAUAAGUUUCUUUGUUUUUCUCGAGCGAAAGUUAUAAAUCUUAAUGAUUGACAGACAAAUUUUAAUUUAAUGACUUAUUCGUCAUCAGAAAAUCUAACCUUAUCGUUUCAAAUCAUUAUUGGUUAAAAUUGUCACCUAUUGUUAAAAUUUAAGUUUGUUAAUUGCUUCAUUUCUACAGAGGGUAUAAAUAUAUUUACGAGCUUAUAUUUCAGGCAGUUCAUUCUGAAGAGUUGUUCAGCUAGUAAGUACAUUUGUGAAUAUUUGAUUUUUUUCAUUUCUUGUAGCAAUGCCGAACCUUAGGAAAUUUUCGGUAAGUUGAUUCUUGAUUGGUCUUUUAUCAAUUAUAUCCUUUUUGCUCAUAUAAAAUAGUGCUAGUCAUUCAGUAUUUUGUGGUAUUCAAAAAUAUUUUAUAAAAAUAUUGCUGCAGGAAAGUAAUAGAGGAGAUUCAUUUCGAAUUCAUCGUGCAUUUAAUGAUGACAAACGAGACGAGAGACGACUUUCAUGGAGAAUCCCCCGAGCAAGUCAUGGAACAGUGAAUGAAUCGAUGAUUGAGAGACGCAAUUCAUGGAGAUACCCAAGAGAAGAAAUGAACCCAACGGUCAGCAUCAAGCGAAGAAUUUCAUAUAAAAUUCCAAUUGAAAUCAAGAAAAAUUCAGAUUUGAGAAAAUAUUGGUUACAGAGAUUUUCUCUCUUCAGUCGAUUUGACGAUGGAAUCAAGCUUGACGAGGAGAGUUGGUAUUCCGUCACUCCGGAGUUCAUCGCCAGAAAAACUGCGGAGAGAUUGAAAACUAAUGUGAUAAUUGAUGGCUUUUGUGGAGCUGGAGGAAAUGCCAUACAGUUCGCCUUCACUUGUAACAAAGUGAUAGCAAUCGACAUCGACCCGAAAAAAAUUGAACUGGCGAGAAAUAAUGCAGCAGUUUAUGGUGUAUUGCAUAAAAUCGAAUUUAUGGUUGGUGAUUUUAUUCAAUUAGCUUCAGAAAUCGAAGGAGAUGCUGUCUUUUUGAGUCCACCAUGGGGUGGUCCAUCUUAUAUAAAUGAGAAAUCAUACGACCUGGAAAAUAUGCUACAACCAGUUCCAUUUUCAGAAUUGGUAGAAGUCAGCAAAAAAAUUUCUCCGAAUAUUGCCGUUUUUCUUCCUAGGAAUAGUAAUACCUUUGAUAUGGAAAAAUAUGCAGGAAAAAAUGGAUUAGUGAAAAUUGAAAAAAAUUUCAUGGAUAAAAGAUUAGUAGGUGUUACAGUAUAUUUUAAUGACAUUGUAAAAAAAAUGGAGACCACGGGAACAUAAGCGGAGUGUAGGAAGACCACCAAAACGCUGGUUGGAUGAUAUUAAAACAAAGGUCGGACGAUGUUGGCACCGUUUGGCUCAAGAUAGGGAAAAUUGGAAAAUUCAGGGGGCGGCCUAUGUCCAGGAGUGGAUGCAGACAGGCUGUUGAAGAAGAAGAAGAAGAUUGUAAAAUAUGAUAAGUGUAGAAAUAAAUGAUACAAAAAAAUUUGAUAAUUUUAUUGAAAAAUCCUUUCAUUUUCAGAACUAUAGGUAUUUUGCCUGCGACAUCUUCAAGAUAGAACACACAAUUCCGAAUGUUCGAAAUCUUCGUAGAUUCCGGAUAAUAAAAUCUACAGCACAUUCUAUAUCUCCCAUAGCCUCAGAUUCUUUACUAAAUUUUCAACUUCAAAUCAAUUAUGAAAAUUAAUUCGAGGUUAAACAAUUUCAAAAUGAGAAUAAAUAACUUCAAUAUGUUUAGCACAAGCAAAUGCGGAAUAAACAUCUUCAACAUGAGAAUGAAGAUUAUUUUUUCUAUCAAUGAUAAAAAAAAGAAUAAUAACACUUUUUGUAGUUUUUUUGGUCAAAGAGAAAAAAAAAAGAUCUUUGGAAGGAAUUGAUCAAGGAAGUGAUAUCGGUACCUUACUGUUCAUAAUAUAUCUAAAUGAUCUGGGAAGGUUCAUAGAGAAGAAUCAAAGGUUUCGUUAUUUGAUACAAACAGAUCUAAAAAAGAAAAAUCAAAUAUAAUGAAGUUGUCACAAUCUCUUUAUGAAUUGUCAAAAGCAGU